GCCGCGCCGCGGGCCCGAGCACUAGAGCGCACCGGGGUCCUGGACGUGCGAGGUCCGUUGAGGGCCGGCGGCGCCUCGGCCCUGCCUUCCGUCUGCGCUCGCUUGCGGCCUCGCGGCGCUCGGCACGGGCCGGGCCCGGGAUAGGGCGGACAUGGGCGCCAAGCAGAGCGGCCCGGCCGCCGCUAACGGCCGCACCCGCGCCUACUCUGGCUCUGACCUCCCUUCCAGCAGCGGCGGUGGAGCCAAUGGAACUGCGGGCGGCGGCGGGGUUCGGGCCGCGGCGCCGGGCAGGUUUCCGGCUUCGGUGUCCGGCGCGCAGCAGCCCAGCGCCUCCGGCGGCGUGGCGACGGCCUCGGCCCCGGCGCCCCGCAGCCGCUCCCUCGGCGGGGCCGUGGGCAGCGUGGCGUCGGACGGCCGCGCCGCGCAGGCGUCCUUCAGCAUCCCCAGCAGCAGCGGCCCGUACGGCUCGCAGGACUCGGUGCACAGCAGCCCGGAGGACGGCGGUGGCGGCGGCAGCAGCAGCAGCAGCAGCAGGGAUCAGCCUCCGGGCGGGGGCCCUGCCGGGCCGCGCCUGGUGAUCGGCUCGCUCCCGGCUCACCUCUCGCCGCACAUGUUCGGAGGAUUUAAGUGCCCAGUAUGCUCAAAAUUUGUACCCUCAGAUGAGAUGGAUUUGCAUCUUGUGAUGUGUUUAACAAAGCCAAGAAUAACCUAUAAUGAGGAUGUGCUGAGUAAAGAUGCUGGGGAAUGUGCAAUAUGUCUCGAGGAACUGCAGCAGGGAGACACUAUCGCAAGGCUGCCUUGCCUAUGUAUAUAUCAUAAAGGCUGCAUAGAUGAAUGGUUUGAAGUAAAUAGAUCUUGCCCUGAACAUCCAUCAGAUUAAGCAUCAAUUCCUGUUUUAUGGAUUUUCUUGUCUUUUCAAGAUGCUUGAGAAAUCUAGAGGAUUUGAAGAUCUGUCUCUGGAAAAUAUCAGAACUGCAGGCUAACUCAGCCAGAAAUCUGAGUUCUGUGACACUCGGUGGUACAGGGAUGGACAGUCAUACAGGGAGCCAUCCUGCUGAGGAGGGCCAGGAGCCACAGAACUCAGUGUACCAAACUUGCAUAUAAGGGACACACAGGGAUUCUGAAAAUGCUGCACAUCCUGUACUAGUCAUCUGCAUAGAUACUGAUAAACAUUUUGUAUUCAGACACCAAAGUUAACUACUUUAAAAGUUGAUGUAAUUUUUAUUAAGUUCUGUAGAGCUGCAUAAGUAGCUGUGUUUUGUUUGUUUGUUUAGUUUGGGGUCUCUUUAUUUCCCCAACAUAAUGUUUCUGCAUUCACCUAUUCCACACAAUUUAGUUCUCACAAACUCUUCAAUGUGAAACGAGAAAUGUAAUCAAAGCAGUAAAACAUUGUCUGAAUGGAGACCGUAAUCUCAAGUUCUUCCAUUUUGUUUCCCCAUGUAUGGAAAAUAGAUUUCUGCGUAGGAGAGCUAAAUGUGUUAGUAGUUUUAAUUAAAGGUUUAUUAUCAAAAUGCCAUCCAAAGAGUAAAUCAAGUUACAUAAUUACAUUUUAAUCAAUUAAGUGUGGAAUUGUCUACUGAAUUUCAGUUUCUGAAAUAUAUUGUUUCUUCGGAAAUAAAGCUGCUUAACGGUUUAUUAGCAGUGAAUCAUCUUGCAGCUAUGCAACUUUAAAAAAGAAAAUUACCAAUUUUAAGUCCUGCCAACUGUAAUAACUUUGUUUUAACGGGUAUCUUUUGUUUCAUGUAAUUACUUUAUUGUGCUUUGCAUCUCCAGGCAGUUUUCCCACAUUUGGGUAAAAUGUUUAGCAAGUUGUAAACUUAAUACCUUAUAAAAAGGGUGAAAUAAAUAUUUCCGGAAUGGAACUUUGAAUGAUUUGAGGGACAUUUUAUAUACUUUUGAAAAAAAUCAGUUUAAUUGGGAUGCCAGAUAGAGCAAUUUGCAUCUUUAGUUUUCCAGAUAAUCUGGAUGUUAGCAUUUGAUAAAUGAUUUUUUACAGCAAAUAUAAAGAUUUUGUUAAUUUAUAAUUUAUUAAUGUGUUGUUACUGUAAUUGAAAAUGUUAUUUUAAAAUUCAGUCUUUGUAGAAAGAAUUGUAUUAAGCAAAAUUAUGUGAAUAAAUAUUCCCCCCAAAUACAUCUGAUGGUUACAGAUACUGGAAGAGAGCUAUCAAGGCAUCAAUAGUGAAUGUCUUUUUGAAAAUGUACCAAAAUACCACUAAGUAGCUUAGCCAUUUCAACACAGGGAGAGUGCUGUCAGUGCCCUUGACUUGAUAUAGUCAGCAGCCACACAAGAGCUGUUUGCUCUUUUAACCUUCCAUGAUUAUUUAAGUAUUUGCUUUUUAUUUAAUGCUGCUGCUCUCAUCCUCUCAUUUUGUUUCCCAACUCUUGCUUCUGUUUCGUAUUUUUUAAAACGGCAAGUACAGGAACAACUGCUGCUACCCAGAAAAAUUUGUGUUUUGAAUAGUUGAAAGAACUUUAUUGCUGUCUGCGUGAUUUUAGAUUAGAUAACAUUUUCCCUACAGUUAUGCUGUGAAAUGCCUGUUGUUAUGCUGCAAUGUCAGAAGAAUCUAUGACCUCCGUGUGACAGCUGAUAGCACAGUUCCGUAGGUGCUUUUUUCAACCAGUUGUGGAAAAUUGCUCUUUCUUGAAGGGUAGGAAGAAUAUUCUUAAAUUUUUUUUCUGUUAGUAUGAAAUCUUAAUUUGAAUUCAUUUUUUUCUUCAGUUUUCAAUUUUGUAAGCUUCUAGCCCCCUCCUCUCAUAUUUUCCCCAAGGAAGAUCUCUUAGAUUUACUUGCUCUCUACUACUGUAAUGUGAUAAAAAGUACUGUGAUGGUGCACACUUUUAAUCCCAGCACUUGUGAGGCAAAGGCAGGUGGAACUCUGUGAAUUUGGUGCCAGCCUGGUCUACAUAGUGAGUUCUAGGCCUGCUGGGGCUACAGGGAGACCCUCUGUCUCAAAAAGACCAAAAAAAUAAAAAUAUAAAUAAAAGAAUUACUUAGCUCUCUUCCAUUCUUCAAAGAAUAGCUGUGCUAAUUAACACCCCUGGAAUUUGGUUUGUACUAUAGCUCACUUGUUAACUUUAGAACAGCCCUAGCCUAAGUUCACUUCCUUCCUUACUUUGUCCUUGACUGGCAGUCUCAUCAUCUAGCCUCUUUCUGUCAUCUGGCCCUGUGCUGCAGCUGCUCCACAGAAGCUCCUUUGGUUUUUAAAAAGGUCAGUGUUCCUCAGCGUCAAGUCUACUUGAUUAUGCUCAUCUAAACAGUGUUUACUGACAGCUGUUUAAAGCAACCACUUGUGUCAGAAUUUAUGAAGUUGACAUUUUUAUUUUAAAUUUAAUCUCCAAUGAUUUCCUAAAAAGAAUAGGAAUUGAAGAAAAGAGAUCAAAUGCUCCAUUUUUUGUUUGGAGAUACUUCUGGGAAUAGAUUAUAAGUGAUGUUUUUUAAAAAUGCUUAUAAUAUUUAUAAAUUUGUAUACAGGCACUGAACAGUAUCAGAGAUAAACUUACGUUGUUUAAAUAUUCAGCUAAACUACUGACAAGUGAAUGCUGCAUUGAAGUUGAAAGCUGAGGCUGUCCAGUUGAUUAUGGCCUUCUAAAAUCUUUGUAAAUACUCAUCUUCAAAUAAGGUUACACAUGUAUGUAGAAAGAAGUAUGUUCUUGAACUUGACUCUAGUGCUGCUGUGUUCAUAAUGAAUUUAUUGAUUGCCAAUUUUUAUUGUUUUGAUCAGGCUUUUUUUUCCCCUUCUGCCAGAAUGUUUAAGAGAAAGCAGAAUUAUUCUCUUUUAGCUCUUUCCCAGAGAAAUAGAGGUAAUGGUUUUGAGGUUAUAGAUUGUUUUAAGACCAAUGUGAUUAAAAUACAAACACUGGUUCUGAAACUGAUUUUUGUAUAUGUGAUAGCAGAAGCAACACUGGAAAACAAUGUCAACUGUUACACAGUAUGCAGGUUUGGGCUCACUAUUGUAAGUUGUAGGUAUCUCUUAAAUGUUACAUGAUUAUUCUGGUUUUCACCCACUUAGACAUCUUACUAGAAUGUAGCCCCAAAGCCAAGACCGUUCUCAGCAUAUUUGCAGUGUGCAUGUCCAAAAGAUUUUCCCUGAAUGAGUUAUCAAAAGGCAGAGUCCUUUUCCGAGCUUAUUUACAGCUGUGUCUCUAAGUUUGGGUACAGUGAAGUUUCGGAGCAGUUAUUUGUAACUGAAUAUGUAGUAACUCACACCUUAUAAUCCCAGCACUCAGGAGACAGUCAGGAAGAGUGCCGCAAGUUAAAGACUAGCCUGGGCUGCAUAUUGAGUUCCAGGCCAACCUGUCUUCAAAAACAGCAACAAAAAAAACCCCGAAUGCAAUCAUUUUAAUAUAGAAAAACAGAUAUAUUCUUUUCAAUGAAAAAGAUUGUAACUUCAAUGUAAAUAUUACCUGCUUUUAUGGACUGACUUAGAGCGUGAAAUAAGGGGGAUUUCCCCAACAAUAAGCUAUGAGUACGCAAAGCAUGAAACUUUUUUAAAAUUCAAGAAUACUUGAAUUUACCAUCUAAUUGAUAGCCACACUAUGCAUUGGUAAUAUCCAAAUAAUCUUAUGCUUAUGAUAUGGAGGUUUCCUUAUUAAGAAAAUUGUCAGGAGCUGUGUAAAACUACUUAGAGGUAAAUGGUGCAGGUUGUUAGUUGCCAAAGUCUUUUAGUUCAUUUGGGCCAUUUUCUUACAGUUUGGGUAUAUCCUGAGGUCAACUCCAUAUUCAUUGGCAGUGAGUGAUUAAAUGCGAAAUGUCCCUUUAACUUCUUUGGAAAAAGCAUGUUAGUACUGUGUUUGGGGCCCUUUCUCCAGUUCCUAAACUACACACCUUCUGUUGUUUCCUCAGAUGUGUAAUAAGUAGUAGUCACAACACCUGUUGUACUUUUUCUUUCCUUUUCUGCAGAUCUUUUCUUUCUGAAACUGAAUCUCUGCUGCUUGGUUUUCUUUGGAGGAAAUUGCUACUUGGUAUAUUCCUAUGUACUAAUUCCUAUUCUGAAACAGUUGAUAGAAUGUUUUUGGUAAUACUGUACCCAAGUUCUCUGUAUUCUGUGAAUGCUUUCUUAAGCUAGGAAAUACAAUUUUUUUAAUCAUAGAAUUCCUGUCUUAGAUGGGAAAUAGCUGUUUUUUUUUUUUUAAGUCUAUUGACUUUCUGUGGAAAGUAAAAGGCUUUGAGCAGCAGAUAGUGUCAUUUGAAAAUGCACUAUUACUCUCCUGAGAAGUUUAUUAAAUGUUUAAAAUAGCCUUAAUUUUCAACCAGCUGAUAAUAAGGUAGAUUUUUUUCUCCUUGUUUAUAGAGAAGCAGAGAAAAUACAGCAUGAUCUAACAUUCCAGAAUGAAAAAUGUGAUACUGUAUUGUAGCAUCGAUUAAGCUGGUUGUGUUUCUCAGCUUUGCCCCUGGAUCAUGAGGCACCCUUCAGGAUCCCAAGAUUGGACAUCAGAAGACAGUUCUCCUAUCACUAAUUGCCCAUGUCUGCUUUUUUUGAUUUUGGUAUGUUGAAGCUGAAGCAGAAGAUCAAAGAUCAGGUUCAAAGCCAGCCUGGGCUACAUUUGAGACCAGCAUGAACUACAAAGAAAAGUUUCAUUUUAGUCCCUUCUGAACAUCUGGGUACACAUAAUACAAUUAGGCUACUCUGUUCUAGGGAAAAUAAAAGGUACGUUGGAAUUUGAUGAUACUGGUUAUCACUUCAUUGCAUUUCUUUGCAAAUGACUUAUAUUGGUUUCAUUGUUUGAAAAUUGAAUUAUCUCUAUUUACUCAUGGUUGCCGCAACUCUACAAUACUUCUUAAUUUCAUCUCUUAGAAAGUAUUUUGUUGUUGUUAAAUAAAGCCCUGAGAGCAUCAGUCACAAGAGGGAGAAAAUGUAUUAGGAACAGCUUGUUCUAAUGUUUAAUAGUUAUAAACAAAAAUGGAACAAUUCAUUAUUGGCAUUUUAAUAACAUUUCCUAAUGAUCUUGUUAAAUUAUCUUGUUCUUUAGGAGUAGAAAAUAAGAGAAGAAUGCUUUCAAGGAAAGUUGUCAUAUCCUAUUUUAUGUCUUUAAGUUGGAAAUAUAAUAAAACAAAUAUUGAAUGUUGAAAAGUU